ACAAAUGCAUGGAAAACAUUAAAGGAAGGUAUUAGGCACGAAUACGCAAUGUUAUUUUGCUUGUUAUAACGUGAUAUAAAUUUAUUAUUGAAUUUAUUGACUCAUGCUGACGCAGGAAUGCUCUCUCGUUGUUGUACAUUUAUUUUAGGGUAGUUUCUCUUUAUAAAUGGAUAACGAUAGGUCAUUUAACUGAUGCUAUGGGUUCUGCACAAUCAACAGAUUUUUGGCAGUUAUUCACCUUGAAUGAUUUCAGAACAAAGCAUCAAGUUUUGGAUGAAAUAGCUAAUAAAGAUUCAGGCAAAUAUAUUAACUAUAUGAAAAACAAACGAGCAUUAAAUACAACCAUAACCUGUAGUAAUAUUGAUUCAUGGACUAUUGCUGACAAUGAUUCUUUGGAAAGUGAAGAUGGGGCUCUUCAACCAAAUCAUUCCCAGUCUCUCUGCGAAAGUAAUGUAGAAUCUCCAUUAAAGAAUGAUAUGGGAAGCAGACUAAGUUGUGCAAGUCUCCAUUCCUAUCGUACAUAUAAUGAUAGCUGUAGCAAUUCUGAUUCUGACUCUACUUCUAAUCCUUUACAACCCAUAUUUACAAAUUCAACGAAUGAAACAUGUACAAAUUUAGAAUAUAAAUUACCAAUUGUUGGAUAUGAAGUGAUGGAGGAACGGACUAGAUUUACAGUUUUCAAAAUUCAAGUAGAACAUAGAACAACAGGAAAUAGCUGGUUUGUAUUUCGAAGAUAUACCGAUUUUGUUCGUCUUCAUAGAAAGUUGAAAGAGUUAUUCCCUUCUAUCCAUUUUGCUCUUCCACCUAAAAAAUGGCUAGGAGAUAAUUUUAGUCCUCGUUUUCUUGAAGAUCGAUUACAUGGAUUGCAAAAUUUUGUUAAAAAUAUACUGACACAUAAAGAUGUGAGAAACAGUCAGGCUCAAUGUGAAAAUUUAGAGGAGGAAGUGUUUCGUUUACAGCAACAGCUAAAAGAUAAAGAUUCUGAAAUUGAACAACUUCGUGAAGAAGUAGGAAUGUUAAAAUCACAACAAGAUGCUUUGCUCAAUUCCCUAAGAUUAGAAUGUGCUUUAACAGCUUAUGCUCAAUCACGAAAUCCUAAGUCACCAAAAUGCUCAGAAAAUAGUCCAUCUCAUUGUUUGAGAGAAGCAAAGAUUCCAAAUUCGAUUCAUCAAUAUGCUACUGAGCUUCAAAAUCUUAGUAGAUCUCUAGCACAAAUGAAUCAUAAAACCUGUUUAAUGCCAAAUAAUGACAUUGAAGAUACUACUCAAGUAAAUGGAUUAAAUCAUGAUGACAAAAAGUAAAAGCUUUGUUAACAAUAAACAUUUUUAUAUCAGUUUUAAAUAAUAACAGAAAUUAUAAUAUACAAUCAAUAAAUCUUUGAAAAAGAUAUAAAUAAAUAUCAAUAAAUUUACUGAA